GAAGAAGAAGGUGUGUAAGUUAUGUUUUACGUUCUUUUCUCUUGAAAUUUAUUCUUGUUUAUAUUUGCUUCCAUAUAAAAAAGGAAAAGACACAUGGUAAUGUCAAAUGAAAUCUCGCAAGAAAUAAAGAUUAUAUGUCAAAACAACAUAAUCAAGGGCAGUGCUAGAGCACCUGACAGUCACCCUUGGAGAAGUUGGAAAAUUAGAUUAGUAGCAGUGGACCAUCAGAGAGAGAGAAAGGGCAAAUUAUCUCAUCUGUUAGAUCAUGUAGAAUAUGUUCUUCAUCCUACCUUUGAUAACCCGAUUCGAUCAUUUUCUAGAGAGCCCUAUUUAUUACAAGAGAAGGGUUGGGGUGAGUUUGAUAUGCGAGUGAUAUUAUACUUCAAGAACGAUUGGGCAGAACCGGAGAAUAUCUUUUUUGAUCUACACUUUCGCGAACCUUCAUACGCCAUUCUACAUCGAAUAACCUUUUAUAAUCCUCCUAUGCCGCUCCUCGGAGUGCUCGCGCUCGAGUUUGCGCCCUCAGAUUCUGAACCGACGACAGGGACAGCAAAGAAACGACGAACGAGUCCGUCACUGGCAAAGGCCAAGACCCUAUAUGAUGAUACCUCGGAUUAUAAAAGUGUGCAGGACACAUCUGUCUCUACUAUUGUCGAUGAUGUGCUUGAAGAAAAAGACGUGGAUUCAAUUGAUCCGAUUCAUUCUGCGCAGCUAGAUGAACAUACCAGAAGGGCGUGGGGUGUGCCCGAGCAUAUAGACAUGAGCAAGCUGGCUAAACGGCUGAUGACUCUCACAAGUGAGCAGACAGAGGAAGUAGGGUCAAUCCUAAAGAAUCACAUAUUGGAAGAAAAUGAUGAAAAGUUUGUGGUCGAUCUUUAUUCUUUGGGACCAGACCUGAUAACACAGUUAUGGGAUAUUACAGAGAAGAAAUCAAAGUCUUCAGCGGCUUUAUCCCCAUUUUCACUAGUCCAAGCUAAUACUGUAUUCCUGGAUGAUUAAAUUCAACCUUUUAUUUAUGUAAAUAGCCUUUUUUUUUUUCGUUCUAUUAUAAACCAACACGGAAUAAAACCUGUUUUCCUUUCUUUUUCUUCUUUUGUUUACUAUCACUUUCAUCUUGUGAGUCUGUGUCUGUGCUUAGCGUAGAAGAAUAAGGCUCGUUGCUCCAACGGUUAUCAUUCUUUUUUCGAAGCAUAGCGU